GUACAUCAGAAACCGCCACGCAAGCAGUAACCAGGACGAGACAUUUCAUUUAUCUUUACUUUUAUCAUUAAUAAUUCAAAAUGCGUGAAAUCGUUCAUAUGCAGGCUGGCCAAUGUGGCAACCAAAUCGGAGCUAAGUUCUGGGAAGUUAUUUCUGAUGAACAUGGUAUCGACCCAACUGGAACCUACCAUGGUGAUUCUGAUCUUCAAUUGGAAAGAAUCAAUGUCUACUACAAUGAAGCUACAGGAGGUAAAUAUGUACCCCGAGCUGUGUUGGUUGAUCUUGAGCCUGGUACCAUGGACUCUGUAAGGUCUGGACCUUUUGGUCAAAUCUUUCGUCCAGAUAACUUUGUCUUUGGACAGAGCGGAGCUGGUAAUAACUGGGCUAAAGGUCACUACACAGAAGGAGCUGAAUUGGUUGACUCAGUAUUAGAUGUUGUCAGAAAGGAGUCUGAAAGCUGUGAUUGUCUGCAAGGCUUCCAACUUACCCACUCUCUAGGUGGCGGAACUGGUUCUGGAAUGGGAACUCUUCUCAUCAGUAAAAUCCGAGAAGAAUAUCCAGAUAGAAUCAUGAACACAUUCUCUGUCGUACCAUCCCCAAAGGUAUCCGAUACAGUUGUAGAACCAUACAAUGCUACUCUAUCAGUACAUCAACUUGUAGAAAACACAGAUGAAACUUACUGUAUUGACAAUGAAGCUUUAUAUGAUAUCUGUUUCCGUACGUUAAAACUUACCACACCAACUUAUGGUGACUUGAAUCACUUGGUGUCAGCUACCAUGUCUGGUGUAACAACUUGUCUUAGAUUCCCUGGUCAACUUAAUGCUGAUCUACGUAAACUAGCUGUCAACAUGGUACCCUUCCCUCGUCUACAUUUCUUUAUGCCUGGUUUUGCUCCUCUCACAUCUCGAGGCAGUCAACAAUACCGAGCUCUUACAGUACCUGAACUUACUCAACAGAUGUUUGAUGCCAAGAAUAUGAUGGCAGCUUGCGAUCCACGUCAUGGAAGAUAUUUGACAGUUGCUGCUAUGUUCCGAGGUCGCAUGUCCAUGAAGGAAGUGGAUGAACAGAUGUUGAAUGUUCAGAAUAAAAACAGCAGUUACUUUGUUGAAUGGAUCCCCAACAACGUAAAGACUGCCGUUUGUGACAUUCCACCAAGAGGUCUUAAAAUGUCUGCAACCUUCAUUGGUAACAGUACAGCCAUUCAGGAACUGUUUAAGAGGAUAUCAGAACAAUUUACUGCUAUGUUCAGAAGAAAGGCUUUCCUCCAUUGGUAUACUGGUGAAGGUAUGGAUGAGAUGGAAUUUACAGAAGCUGAAUCCAACAUGAAUGAUCUGGUAUCUGAAUAUCAACAAUACCAAGAUGCUACAGCUGAAGAGGAGGGUGAAUUUGAUGAAGAGGAGCAAGAUGCUGAGGAGGCUUAGUUGAUUUAUCAUUUGUAGCAAUACAGUAUUUGUGUACCCGGCAGCUGAACUUUAAUGUACUAC